CGCCAAAGACAAACAGUUUUGUUUUAGGCAAAACUGGGGUCAUGAAGGUAAACAUUGCGCGGCCGUUUAGUCUAAAGGUUUAAUCGACAAAUGGACACUCGAACAAUUUCUGUAGACGGAGUUAGUUAGCUUCUAGUGUAUAAGCAGACUUCUUGCUCUAACUGAAUCCAUAGAAAACUGUGAUAGGAGGUUACUCAGAAUAAGGUUGCCCUCGGUGAUUAAUUUAAAUCGUGACUAAAGGAUUUACUAAAACAUUUGCGAUCAUGUUGUCAAGUGAUUUCUCUCUCGUAAAAUCAACAUUGAUCAGUAUGUGAAAACAUUGAUACAUGGGAUUAUAUUCUUGCUCUCGGCAUCGUCCAUUGUCAUCUACCGUUUAAAAGUGCCAGUUAAGGAUACAUAGUAUCAUCAAGUGCUCCCUGUCAGCUAAUGAGGUAACUCCGCGUGGAAAAAGCAUAACAAAUAUUACUGCGCUGUUGUGAUAUUAGAAAACAUUUCUCGAAGAAACCAUUCAGGUUUAGAGUUUACAUAACCCAUUUACAUUGAGAUCUCAAGUGCCGGUUGAAAUCAAAGUUGGACCUUAAGGAGUAAAGUAACGUGGUUUAAAUAAGUAUACGUUUUAUACGUUAAGUGGAAAACUAUACUCUUGAAUAGACGGAAACCAUUAUCAACGUAUCAUCAACGUAAACUACCUACUUACAAUCCACAUAAUUCAAUGAAAAUAUUUUUACUGCAUUCCUUUGAUGUUCAUGGCUACACGAUCAGACGACAGUGUUGAGAUACAGGUGUGCUGUGACGGGAAACAUUAGGGUAGCAGCCGAUACUUGCCAUUCCUAGUAGAAGGAAUUUUUUCUGACAUUUCAAAGCUCUUGUUGUGCUUCACCUGACUGGGUUUCUGUAAGAUAAUCUAUGAUUACUGCCUGUUUUCAGUCAUCUUUCGUUCAGGGAACUGUGUGCUAUCAUUCCUAUCUUAUCUUUCUGUUGGUCGAUUGAAAAAAUCUCCUGGAUGUACGGUUUUAGUUUAUCUGGAUAAUAUUGAAAUGGCCUAUUUGAGGCAGUGGUUAUUACUUGUAUUGGUACAAGUUUUACAGAUCUGUACUGCAAGUGGACCACCUCGGGUAAUUGGUAAAGUUCACCAUCGCCAUAUUGCAAAAGUAGGACGCAAUACAAAGUUACUGUGUCCUGUAGAAGCUGACCCUCCACCAUUGAUGCAGUGGAACAAAAAUAAUCACAAUAUCCCCAAUGGUUGGACACGCUUCAAAGUCUCUCAAGAUGGUCAGUUACGAAUAAGAGAAAUUGAAAUGGACGAUGCUGGUACCUAUGUCUGUAAAGCGAUUAAUGGAUUUGGAAAUAUUAAAAUUAAUUACACAUUAAUUGUUGUGGAUGAAGAGAAAGGAAUUGUAAAACAAGAUAAUAGUUUGUAUAAUCAAUCACCUGAUGAAGAUCUAAGAAAAGAAGGAGCUCCCCCUGUCUUUACUGAACUACCAAAGAAAGAUCAUAUAGUACGACCUGUUGGGAGCUCUGUUCGAUUAAAGUGUCGAGCUACUGGCAAUCCACGACCUCAUGUGACUUGGUUCUUUAAUAAUCAACUUAUACAGAUAGAUGAAGAUCCAAGUAAACAUCCACAAUGGAUAUUAAAAUUACAGAAUGUUAAUGAACUAGAGACCGGGGAAUAUACAUGUAAAGUUUCAAACAGAUUGGGUCAAAUUAACCACACUUAUACUUUAGAAGUUAUCGAAAAAAUCAAGACGAAACCAGUAUUAAUAUCACCUCAUCCUAUGAAUACAACAGUAGAUUAUGGGGGUACUGCAUCAUUCCAGUGUCGUGUUCGUAGUGUGGUUCAACCCCACAUUCAGUGGUUAAAACGAGUGGAGGAUUUGGAUUCCAUUCCUAAUUUAAAUACAACAAUAGAGGUGAAAGGUCAGAAAUUUGUGGUGUUAAAAACUGGAGAAGUGUGGAAUCGACCUGAUGGAACUUAUGUUAAUAAAUUACUUAUUACACAUGCUACAGAAAGUGAUGGUGGCAUGUAUAUCUGCCUUGGUGCCAACAGUAUGGGCUACAGUUUCCGUAGCGCCUUCCUUACAGUGUCUUCUGGACCUAAUACUGGUUUGUCAUAUACGAAUCAAGAUUCCUCCAGUCCAAAAAAUCAUCUACCUCUGUUUAUUGCCGUGCCCUCUGCUAUAAUAGGAAUGGGUUUGUUCGGAGUGCUCCUCUUCUAUAUACGUAGACGCCGUCAAUGUAACAAUCAAGGCAGCAAUCUAAAGAUUCAAAGAUUCCCUGUCCCUACUCAAGAUAAAGACUUCUAUACCAAUAACUAUCACAACAAUUCAAAUAUGUUGCCUAUUAGUCGGGAGAAAAUCCCCAAAACCCCCACCCCUAGUGUAGACUUAUACUCAGACAUAUCAUCAGUAUCUCAACAUCAUCCUCAUCAUCAUCAUCAUCAACAUAAUCAAUAUAGUUAUUAAAAUCCUACCAACCCUACUGUAAUAUAGAUAAACACUUUAUUCAGGAAUAAAAACUUUUUAGUGAAGAGAGGAAAAAGGGCAAAAAAAAAAUAACAUUAUCUGUUUGUAUGAACCAAAUGUUUUGUGAUAAAUUUCUUUACGAAAUCCAGAAUAAAAAUGGCCAGAUAUUAAAGAGAAAGAUUGAUGGGACAACAUAAUGAGAAGAUUUAAUGACUUCAGUUGAUUUUAUUUAAAAUGAAGUGCACUUGACUACCCAUUUGCUCAGUGAACUUGUGUUUUGUGAGGAAGGAGAGAAAUGGAUGUGGCCAGUGUAUUGCUUCGUGUAUGUGAUAUAGAAGACACAUAGUUAUAUUUUAAUAUGUGAAUAAGAUUGCAUCUAACCAAAGAUAAAUGAAAAACUUAAAACUAUAGUUGAUUCCAACUAUAAUAUGUUCUACCUUGCCUUACACACCUUUUUGUGAACAUCGAAGAAAACAAAAGAAACUUUGAGUGUAUGGCUUGAUAAGAAUUUGUUGUGAGAAAUAGGCUUAACCUGUGAAUGCGUCAGGCACAUUUUGUGCUUAUCAAGUGUACAUAUUUGCUAAAGUUUGUAUAAUUUAUUGUCAACCCUAUGUUUAUAUGUACAGUUUUUACAUUAUUUGUUUAUUUGUUGUAUUCCUGUCUGUGUAUGUUGUGUGGGAGUGUAUCUGUCAAUGUCAAGUACAUGGUACAGAGUUUCAUUAUAAUCUUUUGUUUUGAACAGGGUAAAGAAAGAUUAAAAAAUUCUCAAUUUUACGUUAUGGACGAAUGAUUAUUAAAUUAUAAAAGCGAGAAUCGGGUGCCUGGGGCAUUGAUGAAAAAUUGUUAUAAAAUUAGUGCUAGAUAUUUUGUUUUGUUUAAGGUAUUAUCGGUAAACCAUUAACGAUAUAUUAAAUUUAACUUGUUUUGUUUGGUAUUGGUUCGUAGUGAGCAUUAGCUUUUGCUGCUACCGAAAAUAAUAUUUUGCCCAAGUGACUCACAUUAUUUUUGGUUAUUUCAGUUAGAAACUAAAUGAUUUUUAAAUUCAUGUGGAUGAUGUACAAUGUAUGUGGCAUUUACGAACAUGACACAUUAUUUAGCUUUUCCUUCAAUCUACCUCAAUUUCUUUUGAUACAUGUGUAUAUGAAAACUGUAUAAUUACAAAAUAUUUUUGCUACAUAGAAUAAGUAGAGUCACAAGUUUAGAGAAAUGAAUCUGUUGUUACCGGUAUAUACAUGUACAUGUAGUCUCUGGUAGCAGAUGAACAAUUGUUACGGUUGGGUAUCAAAAACAUCAAAGCUUUUACUUUUAUUCAUCAGAGAAAGUUAUUAAUUAAAGUGUUUUUUUUUUAUGGCAGUUAAACCUCUUGGUGUAUGGCUUUAAUGCAUAUAUGGAAAUUGUAAGUAAAGGAUUGUUGAUACAAUAGAGAAUGUAAAGACGAGUUAUUAAUAGAUUGUCAGCCAAUGUUAUUAUUACCAGUACCAUUGUUACACUAUUUAUUAUGAUUUUAUUUGACAAUUGCUAUGAAAAGUAAAUUAAAAUUUUCAUAAAUUAUGAUUUUUGUUGACUGCAGUUUAAAUUUUGCUACAUCACUUUAAUAAUCAGUACAGAUUACUUAAUUUUGUGUUAAAAGUGCAUUUAUUUGUUAUAUGCAAGGCUAUUAAAUACUGUAUCAUGUUGUUUGGUAUCAAAUAUUAUAUUUAUGUAUAUAUAUAAGAUAUAUAUAUAUAUAUUCAUCUUCAUCCUUGUUUUUUUUUCUCUUUAAAUCCUUUUCAUUUGAAAGAAUUAACAAACAUCCAAUGCUAUGCCUAGUUGCAUAAAUUUGUCCGAAAAAAGAGUAAUGAAUAAGGAUUUGAAGGGAAAUAACUCCCCAUUCCUAAUGUACGUUCAUCUGUACAUUUAUGCCCUCAACGAGAAUAAAUCUUUUUCAUAUGUA